UCCGUUAAAACUUUGUACUUUUUAAAGUGACAUGUUCGAUAAAGUUGGUAAAAAUUUUACUUACGCAAGUAUAGAAUACGAUCAAUGUAGAAAACAAUAUACAAUAGCCAUUGAAUAUUUCGUUUCGAUGAUUUAUCUGUACGAAAGAAUCGAAUCACAAUCAGUGUACUCAAUUAUUGUAGAUAAUAUAGAUAAUGUUGUGAGAUCAAAAUAUUUUCAACUAAUUAACAUCUCUACAGACAUAUCGAAAAUAAUGUUUAUUUUUCGUGGUUGCCGCAUGAUUCGCAUCGGUCGUCUAACGAUAAAGAUAAACAGAAGUGAUUGCCUAAUCUUAUAAAAGUAAGACCAGUGAUGCGUUUCGUUCUGUUCGUUUGUAACACACGUCGCGUAAAAAGUAAAGUCUUCCUGUGGAAGAAACGCCGGUCUUAUUGAUUGUUUCGAAGACAGAUUUGGUACUUUAAAUAUAGGGACACCUACUAGUCACCUACAUUCAGUUGAUCGAAGUCUGCCGUCCCGCGAGACUUUUCUCCAACUUCGCGCAGUAUAUCAUAGUUCCCAGAUAAACGAGCCUCGUUCCAGUUAUCUAUGUAUUUAAACUUCUUUUCGUUGAACAAAUAUUUACAAGCAGUAUCUAGGAAAUUGCAUUUCGAGUUAAAAGUGAAUAGCACUUGGUGUCUGGGAGUUGCAUACGUUACGGGCAACGCGAGCAUAAGUUUGACGAGCAUAGCGAAAUGAACUUCCUCAUCUUGGUGACAAUUGUUUAAAAUACUACGACAGUGUAAAUCAAGCUGUUAUGCUUCCUAAGUCAAGAUUUCGGUGGCGAGAGAUGCCGCGUACAUCCGAAUUGCUUGUGGAGCGUGGUCUCGUCAUCCAGCCACUGCAAUUCCAGCGUAUUGUCCCAGAGACAUCAUUCGAGGAUGACUUGUCCGUGUGUACCAGCUUCGACGAUGCUGAAGAUGACGCUCAAGACCCUGGGGACUACAAGCAAUCAAGACGACCACAGUGGGCGAACAAAGUUCAAUUUGUCCUUGCUUGUAUUGGUUACUCUGUUGGUCUCGGGAAUGUUUGGAGGUUUCCUUACCUAUGCUACAAAAGUGGCGGUGGUGUCUUCUUGGUACCUUAUUUUUUAAUACUUAUUGUAUGUGGAAUACCAUUAUUGUACAUGGAACUUAGUAUUGGACAAUUCACACGACGAGGACCGAUCGGUGCUCUCGGCCAAAUUUGCCCCUUAUUUAAAGGAGCUGGCUUAUCUUCGGUAGUAAUAUCAUUUUUGAUGUCAACCUAUCAUAAUGUGAUAAUAGCCUACGCCAUUUAUUAUUUCUUUGCGGCGUUCAGAGCAAAGCAACCGUGGUCCGAUUGCGACAACUCAUGGAAUACUCCGGCAUGUUGGUUACCUAGUGCCAUCGAUAAUAGGACAAAACUAAACGCUUCUAGAACACCGGCUGAAGAAUUUUUCGACAACAAAGUACUCCAAAUUAGUAAUGGAAUCGAAGAAUCAGGGGCCUUAAGAUGGGAGCUUGUUGCUUGUCUAAUUACUGCCUGGAUUAUGGUAUAUUUCUCCGUUUGGAAGUCGAUAAAAUCAUUGGCACAAGUGAGAUACCUGACCGCGACUCUGCCAUUUCUUUUAAUCGUCAUCUUCCUCAUGCGAUCUGUUACCCUUGAAGGUGCUGACAAGGGUCUACAAUAUUUUUUUCAUCCCAGUUGGGAGCUACUUCGCAAUUCAAAGGUUUGGAUCUAUGCAGCCGCUCAAGUUUUCAAUUCUAUGGGCAUAGCGUUUGGUUCGAUGAUAUGUUUCGCAAGUUACAAUAAGUUCCAUAACAACAUCUUAGUAGACAGCAUUGUUGUUUCUUUUAUAAAUGCGUUCAGCAGCCUGCUCGUUGGAAUAUUUUCAUUUGCAACCAUCGGCAACAUCGCUCUUGAACAAAAUAUGUCUGUCAAAGAUGUUUUAACAGAUGGACCUGGCCUCGUAUUCGUUCUUUACUCGCAAGCGUUAGCCAAGAUGCCAGCAUCACAAGUGUGGGCCGUGUUAUUUUUCUUUAUGCUAGUCUGCCUUUCUUCGAAUAGUCAGUUUACAAUAGUGGAAGUAGUUGUAACGUCGAUACAAGAUGGUUUUCCGAAAUGGGUGAAACGUCAUCUCGUGUGUCACGAAGUUUUAGUACUUUUAACAUGCGUUAUAUCCUUUCUAUUUGGUCUGCCUAAUAUCUCACAGGGUGGCAUUUACUUUUUUCAAUUGAUAGAUCACUAUGCUGCCUCGAUAUCAAUAAUGUUUCUCGCUUUCUUCGAAAUAAUUGCAAUAUCCUGGUGUUAUGGCGUAAGACGGCUGUGUAACAACGUGAAAGAAAUGACUGGACGCGUACCAUCCUCGUACUUCUGCUUUUGUUGGCUUAUCGCUGCACCUCUUCUUAUCAUGGCUGUGUGGAUAUUCAGCUUAAUUGAUUAUGUGCCACCGACCUACCACAAGUACAAGUACCCAUGGUGGGCAGAAGCGAUCGGUUGGGGAAUAGCUUCUCUUUCGCUCAUUUGCAUUCCCGCUUUCGCUAUCUACGAGUUCAUCAGAGCCAACGGCAACACUUGUGCGGAGAAAUUACGGAACUCUAUUAAGCCGCAUUUCGAAGCGUGUAAAAUUUGUGGCCAAGAAUACUGUAACGAGUCUUUGCAUAAUUUUGAGGAAGAUGUGAUCAAGGAGCAACAAGACGUGAACAGUCCGAUGCAACUGACUAUUCCUCUGAAAUCUCAGACAUGACGUCAUGUAGUGAAUCAUUCGGAAAUAUGAGUCAUAUAAAGUAUUUCUCAAGGUUGGGCAAAUUUUAUUUGAAAUAAAGAUAAAAAAAUAACAAUUUGAAGUAACAAAUUUCCGCUAAUUUAUUAUUUUUGUCGAAAAGAAAUACUUUAAAAGACUUAACUUUAUAUCGAGUCUAAUCAUUUGCAAAUAAUCUUUUAUUUUAUUUAAUUUAUUGAAAUUAAAUAAUAAUUAAUCCUAACAGAAAGUAAAGUUUACAAAUAGAAGUUACAAUAGAAUAAAAAAUUAUUUGAGAAAUUAUUCGAUAACUAAAUAAUCAAAUAAUUCAGGGAAAAAACCAUUUGCUUGUUUAAAUAACGUAGAAUUAUUUCAGGAUAAUAUCAAAUGUCAAAUAAGAUGAUACAUUAUUUAAAUAAUCAUUUUUCAAACAUUUUAUUUAAAUAAUGCACAACUUGGUAUUUUUAGAAAUAAAUAAUGCGUUUAUCUGGUAGAAUUAAUACCCGUUAAUUUCUUGUUCUUCGUUAGUAUCACACAUGAAUUUACUAAUAAAUAUUUGCAAAACGUACAAAGGCUGCCAGAGUCAAAAGUAAGAUGGUACAUGAACUUUUUUUGACUUUUUUCUUUCGUUAGUCACAUAAAAGAGUCACAAAUAUUUACAAAUGUUUUUGAGUGCUAUGAGUACUGGCGGUAGUUCAAAGAAAUUUUGCAUAACUCUAUUCGUAUCCACCAACCAUAAAAAAGGCUUCUGAAUGUUUGUGAGUCACCUGGCAUGGUGGAACCUUACGGUAAAGAAACAAUUAAUUAGAAAACCAUUGGUUUGCUCAAAUCUAUCAACAUCGAUAAUUAUACUCCAGCAAACAAGUCUAGCAAAUUUACGAUGAGAUUAAAUACAUUCAUUCACAUUUACCACGAAUUUACGAUAUUAUGUAUUUUUUUUUUUUUUUCUAUAUACAAUAUUAUUCUUUUUAUUUUUAUUUUUUAAUUAUUUAUUGAAAAAUUGGAUAUGAAAUGUAAUAUUUAUAUUAUAAAUAGUUUGUGACUUGCAUAUUUUUAUUUUACUGAUCAAAAACAGAUUUGAUAUUUAAAUAUCUUUAAUGAUAUUUAAAUAUCUAUUAUUGAAAGAAAUAUUAAAAUUAGCUUAUUAAAAAAAAAAAGAGCAUGGUAUUUCACAAAGCUAAUGAAGGACGACAACUAAAAUAAUCCGUAGUCACAGAAACAUUCAAAUGUGUUUCGUGCUUCCAUAUUGUAAUAUUUCAUUUUGAAAUAAGAACUUUUUCAAACAUCUACAUACAUAAAAACUAGAUCGAUAUCAUUUGGUCGUACCAAAAAAAAUAUGUGCAACAUGAUAAACUGGAAGUAUUUACAACAGUUACGUUCGUGUUUAUUAACGUCAAGUUUAUCGAAUAUAAUAAUCAAAAAAAAAAUUCGUGAAAUCUGAUAAAUCAACUAAUUUAGUUUUCAAUUAUGUAUUCUAGUGUUGUAUAUCUUUUAGAAUACUUCGUACCUAUAUAAAUGAUCUAAACAUUAAUUUACUUUAUGAUUCUUCUUUAGCUAAAGCUAAAUGAUAAAAGUAAAGAAAUUGAUAAAAGUAACUGCAUUUUUUGAUGUAUGAAACUUACAUAUCUGUUGCUCGUAUCAUAUAUUUGUUAUUUAUUAUAUUCUAACUAAUUUUUAACGUAUUUAAAUACUUUGACACGUACAAUAUUUCGGAUUAUUUUAAUAAGAAAUGAAAUACAAGUUAUCAUAUUAAAAAUAUUUAUGUCAAAUAUGAUUAUAAAUUGAAUCAUAUGAUCAGUAAUUGAAUAAUGCAAUAUUGUUUUUGGUUCAACACUUUGUUUACUUAAAACAAAAACUCAUGUUUCAUAAUUUUUAGAAUCACUCUAUAUUUUACAUAACACUAUAAUAAAGUGUUAACAUUUAGCUAUUUCGAUUAAAUUGUCAGUGAGUGGGAAACGCAAAAAAUUGUAUAAUAUACAAUAGCAUGUCAUUAGAAUAAAAAGAAUCACUCUUAAUAAAAGAAAAUAGUUACACUUAACAGCGUCGAAAUGUAUUGCUGUAUUUUAAAAGCUUAAAAAGACAUUUGAUAUUUCAUUGCACUUUACAAUUACCAAUUCACAUGUGUGUUGUUUAAAGAUUAGCCGAAAUAAUACUCAGUUACCAUUGUUAUUCAUUCUGUUAAUAUUAAAAAUAACAACAUCCGUUUAAUAUCAUUCACGGUAGAAACAUACAUUGGUACAAUGUCAUAAUCAGACACUCUGAAUAAUAUAUCUAAUAAUUACCAGUCGAUAUACAUUUAGAUGAAUAUAUUAAACAAUGAGUACAAAUGCUAACGUUUUGUAUAUGUCGUACUUGUAUAUUGUAUUGGAUAUAUAAGUAGUGCCACUGGAAGCGAUUAUUAAACGAAGACAACGAGGAACAAUUACAUAAGCUUGUUAACAACGUGAAUGUACAUGUUAUAAGAAUAAAUAUUGUUAAACGUAAUCCAUCGAAUGUGUCAAAUUUAAAAGACAAUAAAUUAGUGUAUAAAAUCAAAUUGUCAAUUACAAAAAGACAUCGAGCACAUUAGUUUGUAAUUAUUCAGACCUGUAAUAAAUUAUUUUAUUCUCAUAUUA